AUGGCCGCCCAAGGAGAACCCCAAGUGCAGUUCAAACUCGUAUUGGUGGGUGAUGGCGGUACUGGAAAAACGACAUUUGUGAAACGUCAUCUGACUGGUGAAUUUGAGAAGUAUGUAGCCACCUUGGGAGUUGAGGUCCAUCCCCUUGUGUUCCACACUAACAGAGGACCGAUUAAAUUCAAUGUGUGGGACACGGCUGGUCAGGAGAAAUUUGGGGGGCUUAGAGAUGGCUAUUAUAUCCAAGCCCAGUGUGCCAUUAUAAUGUUUGAUGUAACCUCAAGAGUUACUUAUAAGAAUGUGCCUAACUGGCAUAGGGAUCUGGUUCGAGUAUGUGAAAACAUCCCCAUUGUCUUGUGUGGUAACAAAGUGGACAUUAAGGACAGGAAAGUUAAAGCAAAAUCCAUCGUCUUUCACCGAAAGAAGAAUCUUCAGUACUAUGACAUUUCCACUAACCACCACGCUUCUCUGGCUUUUGCUGUUCUUGAUUUGGCAUGCUGCCCAGACAUGAACUCAGUUGUGGGCUAG